AACCUUGGCGGAGUGAUACCUCCUCGCCUGCGUCACUGCCUCCUCUCCGUGUUUUUAGGAAACGUGGCCUUACAGCAGCAGGACCUCGUCCAUGAAUGAGAACCACACAGCCGGGUCCAGAUCCUCCUCCUCCUCCUCCUCUGCCCGUCUGCCAGUCCCCCGCCGCCGCCGCCGCCGCUCAAGCCCUGCCCGCGGUCCCGCAUAGACAACCCCGUCCCUGAAGAGAACCAUGUCCGAGGCAGACCCCGUCCCGGCCGCGGAGGCCCUGAACGUCACCGAGUCCAACGGGACCCAGGUGCUCAACGCCACGGCUAAAUUCGUGGCGACUCCCGAGGGCACGGCGCUGGCGUACGGCAGCCUGGUGCUCAUGGCGCUGCUGCCCAUUUUCUUCGGAGCCCUGCGGUCCGUCACCUGCUCCAAAUCCAAGGAGCUCGGAGAAAAUGAUUACGAUUCUGGUUUCAGAAAUGCAUCAGAUAUGCCAGAAACGAUCACCAGUCGAGACGCGGCGAGGUUUCCCAUCAUCGCCAGCUGCACUCUGUUCGGGCUCUACCUCUUCUUCAAGGUGUUCUCUCAAGAGUACAUCAACCUGCUGCUGUCGGUCUACUUCUUCGGCCUCGGCGUCCUGGCUCUGUCCCACACCAUGAGUCCUCUGUGUCUCUGAAUUUUUGAUUUUGUACAAUAACAACAU